AUGGAAGGCCACGAUGCUGAUGACCAAAGAGAGAGAGAGACACUCACGUUCACGAUCCACUUGGGUGCGCCAGUGCCUUUCUGCCGCACAUGGGAAAAGCGGGGAGGAGGUCUGAGAGCGUCUCCUAAACUAGAUUUGGGGUACACCGAGAAGUCGUCGUAUGUGCCCAUGUGGCUUGCAGGGAGUCUGGGCGACCAUCUGACCUCGGAAGAUGUGGGUUUACCGCAAGUUGAAUCCGACUUUUCGCCUAAGUAUGGAGACAGGGAGCCCACGGUACGGAUGCUGAAUGGGCUCGGGCGUGCCACCGGCCGAUCUGCACAGACGGUGUCAUGUUCCUCCACCAAUGGCUCGGCAGAUUGGAAACACUUGGUGUCUCGCGAUGCAUGA